AUGUGCGUGGAUUACACAGAUCUUAAUCAGGCUUGCCCAAAAGAUCCGUUCCCUUUACCAAGGAUCGAUCAGUUGGUGGACGAGACGGCCGGCUGUGAUUUAUUGAGUUUCAUGGACGCCUUCCGAGGCUAUCAUCAAAUCUUCAUGCACCCCGCUGACGAGGAGAAGACUGCUUUCAUUACUCCGGAUGGGGUAUACUGCUACCGGGUAAUGCCUUUUGGUUUAAAGAAUGCCGGGGCCACCUAUACCCGAAUGGUAGGACGAUUGUUCAGAGACUUGCUGGGGAAGUCCAUGGCAGCCUAUGUGGAUGACAUGCUUGUGAAAAGCAAAGACGAGAGAACCCAUGCAGGGGAUUUGGCAUCCACCUUUGCCAUAAUGGAAAAAUACAAUCUGCGAUUGAACCCAAAGAAGUGCGCCUUCGCGGUGCGAGGAGGAAAGUUCCUCGGUUAUAUGGUCACUCGGAAAGGAAUCGAGCCUAACCCUGAAAAGGUGAAGGCUAUACUUGAUAUGCAGCCUCCCGGGACCUUGAAAGAGUUACAAAGGUUGACUGGGCGACUCGCGGCCUUAAACAGGUUCCUGUCCAAAUCAGCAGACCGGGCUUUACCCUUUUUCGAAGCUAUGAAGAAAAGGGAAGGGUUUCGCUGGACGGAAGAAUGCCAAAAGUCGUUCGACGAGUUAAAAGAUUACUUACAGACUCCGCCACUACUAUCUACUUCGAAGGAAGGGGAAGUGUUAUUCCUUUAUCUGGCCGCUUCCCAAAAAGCUGUUAGUUCUGUGUUAAUCCGAGAGGAAGAGCGAGUACAGCAUCCGGUCUAUUAUGUCAGUCGAGCUUUAAAAGCCUCAAAAAUCCGUUAUACCCCCUUGGAAAAGGUGGUGUACGCUCUGGUAAUCACUGCCCGGAAGCUGGUACCGUAUCUCCAGGCCCAUCCCAUCCGAGUCUUAACUGAUCAGCCUUUGGCAGGUGUUUUACGAAAUCCCAAAUCUUCGGCGUGUUUGGUAAAGUGGGCCGUAGAGCUCACACAAUAUGGGAUUGAGUAUCACCCUCACCCCUCAGUGAAAGGUCAGGCAUUAGCCGAUUUUAUAGUAGAAUGCACCGCUCAGAGUCCUGAACCCAACGCCAAGGCCCCUGAGGAAGGGGAUUGGUGGGAAAUGCACGCCGAUGGAGCUGCCAGUCAGCACCAUUGCGGAGGAGGGAUCAUGUUGACGACUCCUGAAGGUUUCCGCUUAUACUAUUCAUUAACGUACGAGUUCAGAGCCUCGAAUAAUGAAGCCGAGUAUGAGGCCGUGAUCGGAGGAUUGCGGAUGGCCAAAGCCCUUAAAGUCCAGAGGAUCCGGAUAAAGACUGACUCUCGCUUAGUGGUCGGACAGGUAACCGGAACAUGUGAGGUGAAAAAUGAGAGACUCGGACGGUAUAAAAAAAUCACUGAGGGACUUUUGGGUGAAUUUGAAGCUUAUGAGUUAGAGCACGUGCCCCGCGCUGAGAACACAGAGGCCGAUAUUCUGUCCAAAAUAGCCUUAGGAGGAAUACCAGAUCAUCUCAUCAGAAUCUGUCAGAAUGAACGAAUCUUGCUACCCAGCAUAGAACCAAAAGUCGUUCCAAAAGACGAAAUUCAUAGGUAUAAGGAAAAUGGGGACCUCCCUGAUGACCCAGUUGAAGCAGCAAAAAUCCUGAGACAAUCUCCUGCCUAUGUGUUGAUAGAUGGUCACAUGUACAAGAAGUCCUUCGGGGGAUCGUUGUUAAGGUGUUUGUUCCCUUCUGAGGCAAACCAAGUCAUGGAGGAGGCGCAUCGAGGAAUUUGUUCAGCUCAUCAAGGGGCCCAUAUGCUAGCCCGCAAGAUAGUGUUACAAGGAUAUUAUUGGCCCACUAUGGUCAAGGACUGCACCGACCGAGUCGCUAGAUGUGCGAUAUGUCAGUCUUUCGCCAAGAAAGACACUCGGCCGACCUCCUUCUAUACUCCGAUUACGGUAGCUAUUCCCUUUGCCAAAUGGGGAAUUGAUACUGUAGGACCGUUGCCCCAGGCACCCGGACGGUUGCGAUUUUGUGUGGUGGCUGUGGAUUUCUUCACCAAAUGGGUAGAAGCCGAGCCCUUGUCAACUAUCACUGAGUUUCAUGCCGCAAGUUCCUUUGGAGGAAGGUCAUUUGUCGAUUUGGGCUCCCGGAGCACUUGGGUCUCCAUAGCUUACCCCCAGGCCAAUGGUCAUGUCGAGAAUGUUAAUCGAACCAUUGUGGAUGGAAUCCGAAGAAAGUUAAAUGACUUGGGAGGAAUCUGGGUUGAUGAGUUAGAUCGAGUCCUAUGGGCAUAUCGAACGACUCCUCGGAGAGCAAUCGGAAAGACCCCAUUCUCUCUGACUUAUGGCUUCGAAGCAAUGGUACCUUCCGAGAUUACCACCCCAACCCUUUGGGUGUUACAGUACAACGAUGAUGAAAACGAAGAAAAUCUGCAAAUUGAGAAAAACUUCCUUGAGGAAAGGAGGGACGCGACGCAUGGACGAAUGGCCGAAUAUCAGCAGUCGGUCAAACGCUACUAUGAUAAAAGAGUAAAGGAGAAGAAGUUUCAAGAGGGGGAUCUGGUCUUAAGAGACCGGGACGCCAGUCAACCUAAUCAAGGUGGGAAAUUUGCAAUCAAAUGGGAAGGUCCUUACCGGAUCAGAGAAGUCAUUCGCCCGGGAACAUAUCGCUUGAAGACCCCGGAAGGGCAGGCUGUGGAAAGGAAAUGGAAUGCGGUACACCUGAAGGAAUUCUUUCAGUAG